AUGCAAAUGGCACGCAUGAGCCGCUUCAUCACGGGGACACUAAUCGAAUGCAAGGCAGAAGUCAUAGCUAACAACGUCAGUUCUUCGGUUGUCAAGGAAUUCGAGAAGCUUUGCGUCGCAGUCCGCAUAUGUUAUGCCCGUGCUGAACCAGUUCGAAACAGCACUGCAGCCUUCAAAGAGACACUGCUGACUUGCCUCGAGAAAGGGUUGCGUUUUCAGGAGACCUUGUUCCCAGGCAAGAUGGCUUCGUUAAACGUUAACAUCACCCGGGUAAUGCAGAGCAUCAGGAAUUGCGCCUAUGAGCACAUCCCGAUGGAAGCAAACUACGUGCUGCAAGCAGUGAGUUACAUGCGUGGCUUUAUGCUGGGAUAA